UGUUUAUAUGAAGAGCUUGACGAAAAAACCUUUGAAGCUGAAUUCUGGGCGCAGGACCAGACCGAAAUGGCUGGAGUAUUCACUGGAUAUACCAAAACGGCAAUAGAAUGGCGAUUUCAAGCCUACAAAAAGGCGGUGGAAGAUCAGCGGUUGGUACAGCGAAACUUUUCACUUCUCUUAACUACUAUCCUGCCAAAGUUGCCAAACGUAUCCGCCGUACUUCGUGACUCAAUCUGCCGGUAUGGCAGCAAGAUGCGCAGGCGUUGCAGCACCUGUUUACAAAAACACCUGGUCGUUGAACGCACAGUAACCGAGGAAUCUGAGUGCUCGUUGUUCUCAAGCGGCCUUGAAUUUUCUGCAGCGCCUUUUUACUCUUUUCAUCAUUCCUCGAUGAUGCUACUAUGCCUAUCAACAGGCACGCAUCCCGCGCGGCUCAGACCUGAGCCUUUUGAGAGCGAAUGGACCGUGAAAUUACUGCAAGGGCUGCACAGCUCGAAGCUGCGCGUGCGAAAGCUUGAUCUCGGUCUGUGGCCGGAUAUGGGGCUCUCAGCGCUUUCCUUCCUCAGUCAAUUCAGCCCUGACAUUCCUCGAUGGUACUUGGGAUCAACCACGACGGUGGGGAAUAUAGAGUUGCUCAAGGUUAAUGCUGCUGUUUCCGAACCAACCGGCAUCCAAGCGGAGCGGAGAGAGUUCAUUGGAAACAAUCUCACCAACCUUGAAAGGCUGUUUACCUCAAUCAGCUGCGGCGGCCGACCACUAAGAGAACUCACACUGGUACUUGGGGAAGAUUUUCUAGCUACAGAGAGGGUGAACUAUGAGUGUCGUGUUCCUCAGCUGACUCAGUACUUUAAUGACGAGAACUGGAAGCGGCUUGCUAGCGGUGGUCUCGCCCGUACAUGUCUGAGACAUUUUGCCCCUACGCUUGAGAAACUCGACCUCAGUUUUAUGCAAAAUUUCACGAGCAGGCGUGUCUUCCGCGACCUUUUGGGCAUUCCAAGGGCGCAGCUCAAUAGCAGCGAGACGGCGAACGCAGCCACCAAUAAUGAAACUCCGGAGAACAACGAGACGACGCAGCGAAUGAUUCUUUUUCCGCGACUUACACAUUUGGCCUUGCGCUUUGGGACUCUCUUUGUCGGCAUAGACGACUUUCUGGCGUUCCUUCUUCCACAUAUGCGACCAUCGUCCAUAUUCGGACCUUCCGUAGGUCUUCAACAUCUGAGGCUCUCCGGCAUCACACUCUGCCAUGGCUCCUGGAGACGCGUCUUCGAAAGUUUGCGGGUAGGCUUUGAUACGGGGGCGGCUGCCAUAGACGAAGACGGGUACGAGGUGAUUUGGAGAGAUCCAGUCGAGAUUGCUUCGAUUUGGGCCCAGGGCAGUAUCAACAAUGCACCUGGUACAUCAGAAGCCGCUCCUACCCUAAAUGCUUUUUCUCCUAGAUAUGCUGGAACUUUGGGCUCUUCAGGCUUAACGCCAUUUAAUACCAAUCCUUCGUCGUCAACCUCGGUCGCGCCGGCAACGCAGACUCAUCACAUCCAACUCCAAUCCUUUGUCGUGCAUAAUUUACGUCUUUGUCCGACAAAGCAGGCCUUCCGCCAUUUCCCCGAGAACGUCACGCCUAUUCCUGCAGGUGAAUUAGGCAGCUUGUUCGUCCUUAUUAACUGCUCUCUUCUCAUUUCUGAGAUCGACAUUAGCCAUGCUAUUGACUACGUCCUCGGAUGCAAGGACAACUGGAUGCAGGUCCUCGAGGCUUUGGAUGAUGGAGACAGUGAGACUAUCACGUUGCCAUAUAAGCAUGUCUUGAUGCAGGAGGGCUUUUAAUUACUCAUCGGCGGUUUUAUAUUGUGAUUGUGCCGGAAAGGUGAAUUAGAUUUCGUUCACCGUUUGACUCUUACAGUUGCUGAGUUUGGCAUCCCUGCUACCGGUUUUACUUUAACUUCUGCCUUUUGUUUUUUUUACUCUCUCUGACUCGCCGCUUCUUGCUUGUCAUUAUUGCUGCAGAUACCACUUUCAUUCUUUCUAGCUUCUGUCCUUCUAAUCUCAUUUUUCCUCUUGUUCGGUUCAAUCUGUGCCAUGGUUUCAUGUGUUGUUAUAAUACCCGCGACUCGACUGUCUUAUCAGAGACCAAACAGAGACCGAGGAACAAAACAAAUUAUUAUAAAGGGAAAUAAUAUGCACACACAGAGAAUAUCCAGCAGAAGAAGGAAAUGAUGCAUAAAUUACAAGUGUC